AUGAAGACCUCUCCCCUCCUGGGCCUCUGCCUGCCCCCUGAAGAGGAGGCAGCUUUGUUGGGUGCCAGCGGGAGCACCCACUCCAUCCCAAGCCAGGCUCCUCCCGCUCUGCAGUUCCCUGACCGGAAAUACCCAGAUGCCUUCCUGGGUGCCCAGCAAGCCCAGGAGGACCAGACGCUCCUCGGGAACCAGAAGCAGCCUGGCCUGGCGGUGGCUGCCCCACCUUCACUGCUGAGGACCAUGCCUGUCAAACCCUGGGGCUUCUGGAUUCUCUGCUUCUUCAGGCUUGUGGCCAGUGUAAGCUGCCAGAGGGAGUGGGACGGUCUGCUUUGCUGGCCAGCCAUGGGGGCUGGUGCUUCGGUCUCCCUGCCCUGCCCAGACUUCUUCUCUCUCUUUAGCCCCAAGCCAGGGACGGUGAGGAGAGACUGCACUGUCCUGGGCUGGUCAGACCCUUCCCCGCCAUACAUGGAGGCGUGCCCGGUGGAGCUGGAGUCCCUCACCAAGGAGAAAGCCUACUUCUCCACCGUAAAGGUCGUCUACACAGUAGGUUACAGCAUCUCCCUGGCUUCCCUCCUCAUAGCCAGCACGAUCCUGACGACACUCAGGAGGCUCCGCUGCCCCAGGAAUUACAUCCAUGUCCAGCUCUUCUGCACCUUCAUCUUCAAAGCUGUGGCUGUAUUCCUCAAGGAUGCCACUGUGCUCCAAGGCGAGGAUGAGGUUGACCACUGCACCUUCUCUACGACUGGCUGCAAGCUCUCCGUGGCCUUCUCCUACUACGCCACCAUGACCAACUUCACCUGGCUCCUGGUCGAGGCCCUCUACCUGACCUGUCUCCUGGCCACGUCCUUCCCCAAUGGCACCAGAUAUUUCUGGUGGCUUGUUCUUGGGGGCUGGGGGUUCCCCACGUUGUUCAUUCUCGUCUGGAUCUGCUUCAAGUUGGCUUUUGAAGACAGAGUGUGCUGGGACAUGAAUGAAGACUCUCCCUUCUGGUGGAUCAUCAAAGGGCCCAUCGUCCUUUCAGUUGGGGUCACCUUCGGGCUCUUCCUCAACAUCAUCCGCAUCUUGCUCAAGAAGUUGGACCCUGGACAGAACAACUUCCACAGCCACGCCCAGUACCGGCGCCUCUCCAAGGCCACGUUGCUCCUGAUCCCCCUGUUUGGAACUCACUACAUCCUCUUUAACUUCCUCCCGGACAGCGCCGGUGUGGACCUCCGCCUCUGCCUCGAGCUGGGCUUCGGCUCCUUCCAGCGCUUGGUGCAUGAGCCCGGGCGCCAAGGCCAAGGGUGGCACAGCGCUUGGUGCAUGAGCCCGGGCGCCAAGGCCAAGGGUGGCACAGGGGCCGUGGCAUUCGAAGGGGGCCGAAAAACUCAUCUGGUGACGCUGGCCAGGCAAUGCGGGUGGCAUGCCCGCAGUCUGCUCCCCCUCCACUUCCACGGAGGGAGCUGCCAUCUGGGCCCAUGCUUCGUCCGUGUGAAGCCCGAGCCUCUGGCUUCGAGAGGACCAGACUCCGAGUGCGAGGAAGGGGCUCGGGAUGGAGCUCAGCCCUGCUUCCCAGAAGGGCCAGACCGGGUCCCCCCUCCAGCAGUGCUCCUGAGGGUCCUUAUUCGGCCUUUUUUGGUCAUCCUUGCCCGCUGA